AUGGUGAACAAGAGCAUCGACGUCAAGGUACGUCCGCUCGCCAGCGUCAGCCUUGAGAAGGGAAGCCUCGUCGGCGCUGCAAACAUAUACAUCAACAAGGACUCGUACAUUGCCCUCACAGGAACCGCUGAGAAUGGAAAGCCCUGCAUCAUCGAGAAGCUUGACCAACCCGAGGACGGCCCGGUCCUGAAGCGCGAGGCUCUGCUGUGCAUCCUGUCGGACAAGAAUGUCAGCCCCAACGUCGCCUUGAUGAGCCGCGCAUUCCAGGAUGCCACCGGCUUCAAGAUCACCGACAAGGCACGCAUAUACCCGUCCGAUGCGCCCAUGCUAGACACAACCGAGGUCGUCGUCAAGGAUGUGACUGAGAAGGCGGGGCCGUUAGCUGCCAGCGAUCUCCUUAACUGGGCGUUUCCCAUCGGCCUCUAUCUCGAGCGUGCAGGUCAUGUAUUUCCCGGCAUGACCUUGGAGGGAGUCUCAGCUGCCCAUCUCCGCCGCACAUUCAAGGUAUCCUCUGUCGACGGCCAGGACAGCGGACUGGGCCGCUUCGUCCGCUCCAGCACCACCAUACGCUUCAUCCAGGAAGGUGAAGAGGACCCCAGCGCCCAGCCUAAGGAUGUUCAACCGCCGGGAGACCUUGUACUCAAGGAUAUUCCGGGACUGAAGGCCCAGGUCCCCGCCAUCAAUGAGUUCCUCGAGGCCUUUACCGGCCCCUUCCUUUUCCACGACGAGCGCCAAUCCUGUGGAAUCGCCCUGCACGGUUGCCAUGGAUCGGGGAAGACGUUUGUGCUGAAGCGCCUGGCCGGUACCAACUGGGGUCGCGUCUUCUGGAUCAAGCCAGCGGACAAGCUGACAACCGUCCGCGAGACACUCAAGCAGGCCCAGGCCCAACGCCCGUCCAUGGUUCUCAUAGAUGACCUCGAGGAGCUCAUCACCCCGGAGAGGACGAACCGCGAUGCCGUCAUAGAUACCAUCUGCGAUGAGAUGGACAGUCUCUCAGCCGAGGCAUUCGAGAACAACGCCCUCCCUCAGGUCGUCAUCGUCGCCACAUGCUCCGACUACAUGACAAAUAUGCCCCGGAAGCUCCAGGGCCGUAGCAGAUUUUACGAAAAGGUCCUUAUUCCCAUUCCCCGCGCUUCCGAUCGCCUCGACAUCCUCAAGGGCUGCAACCCGCCCCUACCUGCUGAGGACAAGGAGGCCUGCCUGAGAGACAUAUCACUCAAGACGCACGCGUUCACCGCCGGUGACCUCUACCACCUCGUGCGCAAUGCAGUCAAGCUCAAGGCCACCAAGGCCAUCCGGGCGGGCGCGGAUCGGCACGGGGACAACGCCAGCUCCACCAUCACCCGUGAAGACAUGGAUCAGGCCCUAGGUAUGACGCGACCCACGGCUAUGGACGACAUCAAUCUCCAGCCUCCUACCAUUCACUGGCAGGACAUCGGCGGUCAAGAGGAGGUCAAGAAGGCCCUUUCGAAGAUAAUCAAGUACACCAAGGAGUCGGACCACCCAACGCCUCGCAUCAUCAUCCGCCCGCCCAAGGGACUACUCCUGUACGGGCCCCCGGGAUGUUCCAAGACGCUGUCUGCCCAAGCCAUGGCCACGGAAUCGGGAUUCAACUUCUUCUCAGUCAAGGCUGCCGAGCUGCUUAACAUGUACGUGGGCGAGUCGGAGCGUGCGGUACGCAACCUGUUUGAGCGCGCCCGCAACGCCACGCCCUCCAUCAUCUUCUUUGACGAGAUAGACUCCAUCGGCGGUUCGCGAUCUUCAGGCCCGGGAGCCUCAUCCCGCGGCGGCGGCGGUGUCAAUAUACUCACCACGCUACUCACCGAAAUAGAUGGCUUUGAGACUCUGACGGGCGUCAUCAUCCUUGGCGCUACUAACCGCCCGGACGCCAUGGAUCCGGCCCUCCUGCGUGCCGGCCGCUUCGACAAGGCCGUGUACGUAGGACCACCCGAUCUCGCUGCCCGCGAGGCCAUCUUCCGCGUCCACCUCCGAGGGAAACCCAUGGCCGACGAUGUGGAUCUCCACGCUCUCGCCGUCCGCGCAGAGGGUCACUCGGGAGCAGAGAUCCAACACGUCUGCCACGAUGCCGCUCAGGAUAUCCAGGACCGCUACGAUGAUGACGAGACGGGGACCGCCAAGCUAGAGUUUACAAUGGCGGACCUCACGGAUGCACUGGAGAGGGAACCCAAGGCUAUAACGUCGGUUAUGCUGAAUGAGUAUACCACAUGGAUGCAAAAGCAUAUGAAG